AUCCAUUUUUGAAUAUUACAUUUAAAAAAUCAGUUAAAUGAUUUUAAAAGAUUUUAUUAAGUUAAUAUGGCUGUUUGUUCAAUCUUUUUGUAUUCAAAUGAAAUCAUGUCAUGGGCCGCUUGCUUUAUUCUAGCCGGUGACCCCACCUGUGUUCACCCUAAUGCUUGUUUGCCAUAUAAGACAUCCUGUGACGUGUAAGUCUACUUGGCAGAGGUGUCUCCAGAGGUAUCCAAGUUUGACUCUCACUUACCUGAACACACGAGCACGAGUUAAAUGUCAUUCAUAUUUUAUCCAGGGCCAUCCCCUCUCAAAUGGUCCUUGCAGUGACAUUAGUGUCUAGCAAAACUGUAAAGAUAGAUUUAAACAAAAUACAUGUAAAAACCGAUAUGCACAAACCCUGACCCAAUACACAAACUCCCCUGUUUAAAGCUUGCCAUCAUUUUCUCUCUUUGUCUUCCAUCAUUACAGAAGGUUGAUUAUGGCAUGAUGAGGGUGUCUGAUUUCAUCAGCAGUCUUGAUGUGUGUUUGUGAUGAGCAUCUAAUGGCACACGGAGAAGAAGAGCUCUGAAUGUAACCUCAUCUAUCCAUUACAGAGACAUCCGGGUCAAAAAAAAACCGUGUUCCCUGCUUUCUGCCCAUCAUGAGACCGGACAUGAUUUAAAACACCACUUAUGUUGACCGUCCAAUAAAAAAAUCAGAUUUUAACCAAGUGAAAUAAAAUACUGCACGACCUUCUUUGUGCUGACCUAUUAUUCUUAAAAAUAGAUGUAGAAUUAAUGAAAGAAACAAAUAAUGCGUUAUUUUAGCACUUCUAGAACUGACGAGCGGGAAUAUCGCGUUACAAAACCGCGAACUGAUUUCUGAACCGCUCCGUCAUCUCCAUGGAAACACAUUUCUAGCGUCUAAACCUUUAUGGGCGUGAACCAAGUACAAUGAUUGACACGGUCUAAGCCCAAUAGGAAAAGAGGUGAUGUUCUGUGCAGCAUCGCACCAAUGAAAUCCCGACAAAAGGAAACCGCCUGUCUUUCUAUUGGUCGACAGAACUCGGCUUCCGUUUUGAACGUCAAAACUAGACGCUUGAAUGGCGGCAGAGAUUCAAGCGAUUUGUUUUGCUGUUCAGAUGCAGAUCGACUUGUCUUUAUAAUUUGCUUUAUUAAUUCACGGUUUAGAUAUUCGUCUCCUAAUAAAUACGAAAGCAACGUUAAACCUUUAUUAGCAUUACUGUAUGUUGUAAGGAUAACAGUGAUGACACAGUAGGUAAACUUUGUGUAUUACGUCGAAUCUCACAUGGCACGACAAGGAGCUUCAAGACCAAAGGUGGUCUCAUCAGGCAGACUCACAGCAUCUGGACGGGGACACAUAUACAAGAAAAAGGUCGUGGGGAGGUCGCUUACACCCCUUGAACCUGCAUAUUCCCUUUACUCUACAGAUUCUGAAGAUCAGGUGACAACGGUACACAAGGGACUGGAUCGAUGUGCUGCUUUACUCAGUGGGAUACUUGCAGCUGAACAAGAAGAAUCAAAGGCAAAAGCAGAGGGGAAAAAGAGCAGCAACUCUAAACCCAAACACAAGAUUCUGUCCAGAAAAACAGAGACGGACCGAAAACAACACGGGAGGAAGACCCACGCGGGAACGCAUGUGAACAAGAAGCCAGUUCCGGUGCAGAAGACGAUUCUGUCUGCCAGAUCGUACCCAGGUUUAAACCCUGUGAUCAGAGAUCAUCCUGCAGGACCGGCACCUGGAACAAAAUCAAAACAGAUUCAGCAACAUUUAGUCCCACCGGGCCUCUCGCAGCCUGCUGCUAACAGUGAGGUUCAGAAACACACAGUGUUUAACUGUCGACUGACUACAUCUACACCUGCACUGAGCCCUCAGAGACCCGCUUCAGCUCAGGGUGAACCUUGCUCUUCAAAGUGUACACAGAGCAGAAGUAGCUCAACAGAGGGGUUUCAUCAUGCCGACCCGCCUCAGUUCGCCCGCUCUUUCCCCAUCCCAUCAGCAGUCCAACAGCAGUGUCCCGUCACCGUGGAGUCACCUUUCCAAAAUGGGCUUUGUACUCCUGCGGAACAAGAGUUAGCGUUGAUCACCCGUCCAGUCUGUGAUGGUCCCGUAGGGUCAAGUGGGAGCUUUAGCUGCCCUUCAACGUCAGUGCCAGCAGCACGGGUGUCCGUUCAGACCCACGUUAGCCCAGCACGUCCUCAUCCAAAUGGACCGCCGCUGAUGUUGCGGGGCUCGCAGGAGAGUUCAGAAGAAAGUGAGGGAGAUACUAGUGCAGAGGACGAGACUAAAGAUGAGCACGAUGUGAUGGACACUACACCUGUCAGAGAUAUCUGCACCAGUCCAGAGAAGACCGCCCGGAGAGUUAUGACUGUCAGAUAUAUGCUGGGAGAGCUGAAGACCCUGCUCGCAAAUCAGGACAGUGAAGCUGUGCGUCUGAUCUCGGAGGUGGAGCACAGCAUCUCGCUACUCCCGCUCAUGGUGGGCAGCACCAACAUCCAGGCUGAGAUCGCACUCGCCGUGCAGCCGCUCCGGAGUGAGAACGCACAGCUGCGCAGGCGUUUGCGAAUCCUGAAUCAGCAGUUAUUGGAGCGUGAGAGGGCUGAACGGAGAGCCAGGCCAAUGGACUGUAACAUGGAGGUGGUGGCAUUGCAGUCACUGAACGUCACUCUUCAGACUCAGUUAAAUGAGAGCCACAGAGAGUUCCAGAACCUUCAGCAGGAGAACAUGAGACUACAGAACACCUUGGAGAAAAAAGAAAAUGACUGGCAACGGCACAAAGAGCAACUCGAGACAGAGAACAGUCGCCUCAGGCUGGAGUUUAGUGAGGCGUUAGCUGAAAUGAAGAGCUGCCUGAUUAAACAGCAGGAGCAUGAGAUUGAGAAAGCUGCAUUGAGUCUUCGUCUCCAGCAGGGGGAGGCAGAGAUCAACACACUCCAAGAGUUCAUCCAGAGUCUACAGAGAAACCAGAUAAAGCCAUAUGUCACCCAGUCAUCUCAACAGCUGGAUCCAACUCAACCGAACGCGAACCUAACCAAGAGUGUUCUGGAAUUGCAUGAAAAUGCACAGAGAGAGGCGAGCGCAUCAGACAAACUCUCCAACACUGUAAAGACCUAUCUUCAGACUCUGGAGGGGACGGGACAGGCCUCUCCUCCCGCAGAGCGUUCGGAAGAGAAGGAAUUACCAUCAGAUAGUAAACUCACCUCUCUAACGGUAAAAGAAAUGCACAAGUCAACCCUGGAAGCAAUAGCUGAGAAGGUUUCUCUGUCAGCAGAGCAGAAUUCAAUAUCCUUCGCUCCUUUAAAAGAGACUUCAAUGGGGCCGCCUGUCACUGGUGUUGCUCACAGUAAACCUCUCACACAGUGUGACGAGCUGACCGUCACAAAGCGGAAAGAUGUGGAUGAGAAUGUAGGGCUGAAAUAUAUGGCCCGUGCUUUUGAAAAGCUGGGUGUCUCGGAAGGAUUUCGCGAUCAGAUCUUCGAUCAAUUCCAGCGUGCCCGGGGGUGUCUGAAGAUGGAUGCCGAGGGAAACACUGGGCUGCCGUCAGUGAUGGAGAGCACUUUCUCCUCUUGUGAUGAUAAGUCUUUUGCGUCUGACGGGAGUGUGAAUACCUGGCCCACAUUUAACACACAAGAUGAGCAGAAUUUCAGAGACGGUCUAGCAGCACUUGAUGCCAGUAUAGAAAGUCUGCAGAGAACGCUGAGAGCUGAUUUGAACAAAUGAUGCUUCAGCAGUUACGAGUGAGGAUCGGAUUUUUAAUUUGAUUGUAUGUGUGUGUUAUUUAUGAAUACUUGUUUGUGUUUUAUUAAAUUAUUACGGUAAACUUUUUUCUAAGCAUUUGUUUUGUUUUGCAGUCUUUGCAAAAUUUUAUAAAAUUAAGUGGUUUGAAUUUUGACCAAAAUUCUCAUCAUUGCCACAUUGUAUGGUAUGUUUUUCACUGCAUGUUAUAAUUCACUCAAAUAUCACAAUUAUUUCAUUAUUUACUUACUUCAUUUACUUUACUUACUGAUUUUUAAUGACAUAAGGGUAAACAAUGACAUAAUGUCUUUCUGGUUUUAAUUAAGGAUAUAAGAAAAAUAGCAGAAAAUGACAUAUCCACAUAAUGUAGAAAACGUUCAAUAAAAUAAAAAUAUAUAUAAU